GCAACUCAAAGCCCAUGCUUCCCCGACUACGACUAACAGCCAGACACCUCCGUCGCAUACCAACACCGACCACGAGCGUCGCCAUGUCGACCUUCACCCUGCCCAAUUCCUCGCCGGAAUGCCCCGUCAACCUCACGAGCGACAUCACCAAAGACCAGCUCCUCUCCUUCCCCGCCUUCAAGAACUGGAUGUCCACAUUACAGCACUCGCUCCAGGCGCAGCAGAACAAAAACCACACAUUCCACGCCGCGCCGUACAAGUUGCGCAAGAUCGACGUGCAGGCAUGCGACUGGUUCGGCGGCGGCAAGAAGCUCGGCUUCGUCAAGCUGACGGCCGAGGUCACGAAUGACGAGGGCGAGUACCUGCCUGGUUCCGUGUUCUUGCGCGGCGGCAGCGUCGGCAUGCUGCUCAUCCUUCAGCCUGACGACGUCCCAGAGAACACCGAAAAGGAUAAAUACGUAAUCUUGACGCUACAGCCGCGUAUUCCGGCCGGCAGCCUCGCGUUAGCAGAGCUCCCGGCCGGCAUGCUCGACGACAGCGGCACUUUUGCUGGCGGAGCGGCGAAGGAGAUCGAAGAGGAGACGGGGCUGAAGGUGCCGGAGGACCAGCUGAUCAAUCUGACUGAGCUUGCGCUUCCGUCGUCAGAGGAUUCCACGGGCGAGAGGCUGCAGAAGGCUAUGUACCCGAGUGCGGGCGGCUGCGACGAAUUUAUACCGCUGUUCCUGCACCAGAGAAGAGUGAAGCGGGAUACGUUGGAAGACUGGCAGGGUAAGCUGACGGGCUUGAGAGAGCAUGGCGAGAAGAUUACGUUGAAGUUGGUGAGGCUGGAGGACUUGUGGAAGGAGGGCGGACGCGACGCGAAGGCGCUGGGGGCGUGGGGUUUGUAUGAUGGUUUAAGGCGAGAAGGGAAGCUAUGAACGGCUUCUGAUCAUGAUGUCCUCAAUGAAGUCAAGUUUUCCAUAGAUGAGCGUCGAGCUAGACUAUAAUAGGUUACAAGCAAGCAUCUUCCUACAGGGA